AAUAAUAUAAAAUUAUUAUAAAACAAAUUUUAUAAAAUCAAGUGAUAAACUAUUUGGCUUUGACCUUAAACUAAUAAAUAAAAAGAAGUGUUCAAACUGUUAUUUACAAAAUAAAAAAGAAUUUUUGAAAAUAAAUUUCAAAUUAUAUAAAAAAAACCAACAAAUUUAAUUAAUAAAAUUUAAAUAAAAUGGCUUAUACAAAAGUAUGUUGUUUAUCUAUGGCCUCUUUGGCUUUAAUCGUUUUAUUAACGGUUUUAAAUACCCCAACAACGGAAGCUGCCGUCUAUUCCCAACGUGCCAUAUUCCAUCCUGCACAUCCCGGUAAAUGUUUUGAUAAAUUCACCAAACGUGCCAUGUUGCCCAAUAAGGAAUAUAGACCUAAGGGUAUUUGUGCUGCCUUAACAUGUGACAUGGAACAACAAUUAAUAAAUGUUGAAACCUGUCCCACAAUUGAAAUGCCCGGCUGUGAAGAAUUACCCACCAAUCCUGCCUGGACAUUCCCCAAGUGCUGUCCACAAUUUAAAUGUACUGACUUUAAAACUGGCAAGGAAUUUGUGGUCUCAGUGUAGUUUCUUAAACACAAACAACAAAAUUCUACCACCAAACCCAACCAACCUCUCAUCAUGCCCAUUAACAACAAAAAAAAAUACAACAAAACAUUAACCUUUAAAAACAUCAACAAAACUACGUGAUUUUUAUUUAAAAUAACAAAAUAUUAUAUUAAUAUCUAUAUCUAUAGUUUGUAUAUAUAAAUCUUUUUAAUAUAAAUUGUAUGAAUGACUCCUUUUAUUUAAAUGUUAAUUUCAUGAUUUACUUUUUUUAUUUUAUAACUCAUUUCAUUUUUUAUACCUCAUUAUUUCUGUCUGCUCUGUUUUAAAUUAUUUAUUAUACUUUAUAUUUUUCUGUGUCAUAAAUUCAAAUUUUUAUUUUUAUCAUUUUAUUUCAUUUUUUUUUUAUUUUAAUUGUAUAUACUUUUAUUUUUUGUUUAUUAUUUCUCAUUGUGUGCUUGUGUUAAAUGUAUGUUUGUUAUUUCUUUUUAACUCAUUUUUAAUUUUUAAUUAUUAAAAAUAAAAGAAAUUGUAUUAAUUUUUAAUUUAUUUAACAAAAUAAAAACCUGAAUUGAUGAUCUUUGUGUGCGUUUUUAGCAUACUUUAUUAAUUUUGUAAAAAAUAAACCCUUUAGUUUUUAAGAAUUUAUUUUGAUAUAAGAAAAUAUUAAUAAACUGAAAAAACAACCAAUUUAAAAAAUUAAUGAAA